CGGUGCCUGUCCCUUGGGCCCUCACGGGCCGCCAAACCCCCCCUAAAGGAGCCCGCCACCGUCCCCGCUGCCCACUCCGCCUCCCAGACCCCGAUAAAAAGGAACUGCUCCGUUGGCUGGAUUUAAUCACCACCCACUCCCGGUUCCCGGUUCCCGGUUCCCCUUCAAGGGGGACCGGCGUGGCCUCGGCGUCGCAAGGAGCUAGAUUGCCAUUGGUCGGUCUGUGCCGCAGCGUGGCGGCACGAUCGGUUGAGGCUCCGCGCUCCAGCAGCAUGCCCCCGCGCGAUUGGUCACGGACUCCUAGAGCCCGCCUCUCGCACGGUUGACUCAGCCCGGGAUCGCCGGGGGGAAGGGCGCGGUCUGCAGGGGCGGGCGGGCUGUAGGGAAUAUGGCGGCGGCGGACCUCGCCCAGAUCGCCGAUGUGGACAUCGAUUCCGACGGCGUCUUCAAGUACGUGCUGAUUCGGGUUCAUUCGGCGCCGCCGUCCGAGGCCCCGGCCGCAGAGAGCAAGGAGAUCGUGCGCGGCUACAAGUGGGCCGAGUACCAUGCUGACAUCUAUGACAAGGUAUCGGGCGAGAUGCAGAAGAAGGGCUAUAGUUGUGAGUGCCUGGGAGGCGGGCGCAUCUCCCACCAGAGCCUGGACAAGAAGAUCCACGUGUAUGGCUACUCCAUGGGUUAUGGUCGUGCCCAACACUCCGUCUCCACUGAGAAGAUCAAAGCCAUGUACCCUGACUACGAGGUCACCUGGGCCGAUGAUGGCUACUGAGGCCUGCCCAAGGGGCCAGCUGUGCCCUCUGGCCAGGCGUUGGAGACCAACACCAGCCUGGCCCAAGUGCCCCGCUUUACCUCACCCGCAGGAAUUAAAAAUGUUAUCACCCCUGCUGUUCCCCA